UCACAAGGAAAUAUAAGGGGAAAUUACAAAAGUAGAAACAGAAACCAACAUCUCUCCAGUUAAAAGGGGAGAGAGGAGCACAGUCUGAGGAACACAAAAUCUAAAUUCCAUUGGACAUUGCUCUGAAGACACCUUCAAAAUUGAGAUUUUCAGACUGAGAGUCUGAUUGUAAAAAUCAGCAAAACUAGAACAGGAGAAAGAGGAUUCAAUCAGCUGAUUGCAGGCUAUUGAACCAGGAGAGGAAUAGCAAUCUGCAGAGGCUGGACAUGGGGACAGGGAGGCUGCCGUUCUUCCUGCUGUUACCACUGCUGGUUCCUGGGGCAGUGCAAGGGGAGGUAAUCCAGGAUUUCAGCCAAUGCGCCUGGUUCUUUCAGGGAAAGGUGCCACCACAGGGUUUCGACACUCAGAACCGCGUCAAAAUCUGCCAGAGGUACAAGAACCAUUACCACUUUGUAACCUUGUACCGCACCGAGCUGAGAAACCCCGUCUACUCGGCAUACAGGUAUCCCUGCACCAUGGGCAUUCAGGCAAAACAGAGACCCAGGCCAUGGUUUUAUGAGCCACAGAUCGAUGAUCCACAUGCCUCACCUGAAAUGACCAGCAGCAACAAUACCUCCAGUGACUCUCAGGCAGUGGAUGCAGAUUACAGUGGCUCAGGGUAUGAUCGAGGUCAUCUAUAUCCCUAUUCCUUUAAUAGGAAUGACAGUGCUACAGCCACCUGCACCCUCACCAAUGCCGUCCCACAGAAGCACAAAGCCAACGUGAACUGGGCAAAGGAGGCAGAAUAUUUCGUCCUGACGUUGGCAAAGAUUUGCCACAAAUCCGGCCGCUCGGCCUACUUGGUGACGGGCUCAGCCAAUUCCACCACCAUCAAAAUGAAGAACAAGGUGAUGGUGCCUGGGGUAGCCUGGACUGCCCUUUGCUGCACUUCCUCACCAAGCCCAAAUACUGAUCCCUGUCUAAACAACCACGUGUGGUCAGAGGGACAGGAUGUACCGAGGUACGAUAAAGACUUCUCUGCUGCUUUCAAGAAAAGGAUGUUGCCAGAACAGCCAGCAGUCAGACUGACAGUGAGGGAGCUGCAGAAGGAGCUGGGAGUGGGCACGAUAUUUGAGAGUUGCAGAGGUACAAGUGCAGAUGAUGAGGUGGAGACCUUCAAAGAUGUGACCCUCCUGAUUGAAGCAGUAAUGUCUAACCAGAGGGGACUCAGUUAGGAAACGGUUGUCAGUCUUUGCAAUAACAUGCUGUCUCCUUUCAGCGAUUGGGCUUCAGCGAAUCUAGUGGCUGAGGUUUGCAAAUUUGCUGCAAAUUCUCACAGCCAUGAAACUGCGAUCUAAGGUGUGCAAUUUUUAACAUUCUAUUUCACUGUUUGGAUUUUUGAACAAGUGGCAUGUGGGAUUUGGAUUGUGUUUAUGAAGGAGGUUAAUAAUUAACUAGUACACAUUUCUAUAGCCACGGUGAUUUAUUUUAUUUUAAAAGACAGUUAUGAGGUAGGGACUGCCUGCAGCAUAGGGUUUUGUUUUCAUUCAGUGAGUGUUAUCAGUGAACAAAAUGAACAGUUGACUUUGGUUAGAAGAGGAUUUGGAAUUAGAACAAAGAAAAUUUACAGCCCAGGAACAAGCCCUUCGGCCCACCAAGCCUGUGCCGAUCCAAAUGUACUAU